AUGGACGCGAGGUUCCCGUACUCGCCGGCCGAGGUGGCCAAGGUCGAGCUCGUGCAGUUCGGCAUCCUCAGCCCCGACGAGAUCAGACAAAUGUCGGUGGUUCAAAUAGAACAUGCAGAGACCAUGGAGAGGGGAAAACCGAAGCCUGGUGGGCUCAGUGACCCUCGAUUGGGGACUAUUGACCGGAAAAUUAAGUGCGACACAUGCAUGGCAGGGAUGGCAGAGUGCCCAGGCCACUUUGGACACCUUGAGCUUGCCAAGCCGAUGUUCCACAUUGGAUUCAUUAAGACUGUGCUCUCCAUCAUGCGCUGCGUCUGCUUUAACUGCUCCAAGAUCCUUGCGGAUGAGGAUGAAACCAAAUUUAAGCAGGCUCUAAAAAUCAGGAAUCCGAAGAAUAGAUUGAAGAGAAUAUAUGAUGCUUGCAAGAGCAAAAAAGUCUGUGCAGGUGGCGAUGACCUUGAUGUUCAGGAGCAGGAUACUGACGAGCCUGUUAAGAAAAGAGGUGGCUGUGGUGCUCAGCAGCCAAAUAUUACAGUCGAUGGUAUGAAGAUGGUUGCAGAGUUUAAAGCUCCAAAGAAGAAAAAUGAUGAUCAGGAUCAACUCCCUGAGCCAGUGGAACGCAAGCAAAUCCUCUCAGCAGAGAGGGUCCUUAAUGUUCUGAAGCGUAUAAGUGAUGAGGACUGUCUUCUGUUGGGCCUGAAUCCCAAAUAUGCCCGUCCUGAUUGGAUGAUACUUCAAGUUCUUCCAGUCCCUCCACCCCCUGUUAGACCAUCUGUCAUGAUGGACACUUCUUCCAGAAGUGAGGAUGAUUUGACUCAUCAAUUAGCUAUGAUAAUACGGCAUAAUGAGAACUUGAGGAGGCAAGAGAGAAAUGGCGCUCCAGCUCACAUUAUAACAGAGUUUGCUCAGUUGUUGCAAUUUCAUAUUGCAACAUACUUCGAUAAUGAUCUUCCUGGCCAACCCAGGGCCACACAGCGUUCUGGAAGGCCUAUUAAAUCAAUUUGCAGCAGGCUGAAAGCUAAAGAAGGCCGGAUUAGAGGGAACUUGAUGGGCAAGCGUGUUGAUUUCUCGGCCCGAACUGUCAUCACACCGGAUCCAAACAUAAACAUUGAUGAGUUGGGAGUACCAUGGAGUAUUGCUUUGAACCUGACAUAUCCUGAAACUGUUACUCCAUAUAAUAUUGAGAGGUUGAAGGAACUUGUCGAAUAUGGGCCUCACCCUCCCCCAGGGAAGACCGGUGCAAGGUACAUUAUCAGGGAAGAUGGUCAGAGGCUUGAUCUUCGAUAUGUGAAGAAAAGCAGCGAUCAGCAUCUGGAGCUUGGUUACAAGGUGGAGAGGCAUCUCAAUGAUGGGGAUUUUGUUCUUUUCAAUCGGCAACCAAGUCUUCAUAAAAUGUCUAUCAUGGGGCAUCGCAUCAAAAUUAUGCCCUACUCAACUUUCCGGUUGAACUUGUCUGUCACGUCACCAUACAAUGCUGACUUUGACGGUGAUGAGAUGAAUAUGCAUGUCCCUCAGUCAUUUGAGACCAGGGCAGAAGUUCUGGAGUUAAUGAUGGUGCCAAAAUGCAUUGUCUCUCCACAAUCAAAUAGGCCUGUCAUGGGCAUUGUCCAAGACACACUGCUUGGUUGUCGCAAAAUUACUAAAAGGGACACUCUAAUUGAAAAGGAUGUAUUUAUGAACAUCUUGAUGUGGUGGCAAGACUUUGAUGGAAAGAUUCCUGCACCUGCCAUUUUGAAACCUAGGCCUAUUUGGACUGGGAAACAAGUUUUUAACUUAAUUAUCCCCAAGCAAAUAAAUUUAAUACGGUUUUCAGCAUGGCAUUCGGAAGAAGAAAAGGGAUUUAUUACUCCUGGUGAUACUAUGGUCAGGAUAGAGAAGGGAGAGCUUCUGUCUGGUACACUUUGCAAGAAGAGUCUUGGAACAGGCACUGGAAGUCUUAUCCAUGUCAUUUGGGAAGAGGUUGGUCCAGAUGCAGCCCGGAAGUUCUUAGGACAUACGCAGUGGCUUGUAAACUACUGGCUUCUUCAAAAUGGUUUCACACAUGAGAAGCAGUUGGAAGCUGAGCCAGGACGCACCAUGAUGGAAUCAUUUGAAAACAGAGUGAACCAGGUUCUUAACAAAGCUCGUGAUGAUGCUGGGAGCAGUGCUCAGAAGAGCUUGUCUGAAAGCAACAAUUUGAAGGCUAUGGUCACUGCAGGCUCAAAAGGAAGUUUCAUUAACAUUUCACAAAUGACUGCUUGUGUGGGACAGCAGAAUGUUGAGGGCAAGCGGAUCCCUUUUGGUUUCAUUGAUCGGACGUUGCCACAUUUCACAAAAGAUGACUACGGUCCUGAAAGUCGUGGAUUUGUAGAAAAUUCUUACCUCCGAGGUCUGACACCACAAGAAUUUUUUUUUCACGCUAUGGGUGGUAGAGAAGGUCUCAUAGAUACUGCUGUGAAGACCUCUGAGACUGGGUAUAUCCAGAGGAGACUUGUGAAAGCUAUGGAGGACAUCAUGGUGAAAUAUGAUGGUACUAUGAAGAAGCUUGAGUUCGAUAAUUUAUUCCGUUAUGAGCUGGAUGACGAGAACUGGAGACCUAACUACAUGCUACCUGAACAUGUUGACGAUUUGAAGACCAUACGUGAAUUCAGAAAUGUGUUUGAGGCAGAGGUUCAAAAGCUAGAAGCUGAUCGGUACCAGCUUGGGACUGAGAUCGCCACAACUGGUGACAAUUCGUGGCCUAUGCCUGUGAACCUCAAGCGGCUCAUCUGGAAUGCUCAGAAGACAUUCAGGAUUGAUUUUAGAAGACCUUCUGACAUGCACCCGAUGGAAAUUGUGGAAGCGGUAGAUAAACUGCAAGAAAGACUUAAGGUUGUACCUGGUGAUGAUCCUAUGAGCAUUGAGGCUCAGAAGAAUGCAACCUUGUUCUUUAAUAUCCUGCUUCGUAGCACGUUUGCUAGCAAGAGGGUCUUGAAGGAAUACAGGCUUACAAAGGAAGCUUUUGAAUGGGUUAUCGGUGAGAUUGAAUCGAGGUUUCUUCAGUCUUUGGUGGCCCCUGGUGAGAUGAUUGGAUGUGUGGCUGCACAAUCAAUUGGAGAACCAGCAACACAGAUGACCCUGAAUACCUUCCACUAUGCUGGUGUCAGUGCCAAGAAUGUCACCCUUGGAGUUCCCAGGUUGAGGGAGAUCAUUAAUGUUGCCAAGAAGAUAAAGACUCCAUCUUUGUCUGUUUACCUGAAGCCUGAGGUGAACCAGAAGAAAGAAUUGGCUAAGAAUGUCCAGUGUGCUUUGGAGUACACCACACUGCGUAGUGUUACCCACGCCCACAGAGAUAUGGACUUAGAGUUUGUUCAGUCCUAUUACGAAAUGCCUGAUGAGGAUAUUGACCCGGAUAAAAUUUCUCCUUGGCUGCUGCGUAUUGAGCUUAACCGUGAGAUGAUGGUUGAUAAGAAGUUGAGCAUGGCUGAUAUUGCCGACAAGAUUAACCAGGGUAAUAUGUUGACAGAGAUGGCGCUUCGAGGCAUUCCAGAUAUCAACAAAGUGUUCAUCAAAGAAGGGAAGGUCAAUACUUUUUAUCAAGACGAAGGUUUCAAAGCAGCUAAUGAAUGGAUGCUUGAUACAGAAGGUGUGAAUCUCUUAGCUGUCAUGUGUCAUGAGGAUGUUGAUGCUACAAGGACAACAAGUAACCAUCUGAUUGAAGUGAUUGAGGUACUUGGAAUUGAGGCUGUUCGUAGAUCUCUCUUGGAUGAGCUUCGGGUGGUGAUAUCUUUCGAUGGAUCCUAUGUGAACUACAGGCAUCUGGCCAUUCUUUGUGAUACAAUGACAUACAGAGGUCACUUAAUGGCGAUUACAAGGCACGGUAUCAACCGCAAUGACACUGGGCCUCUUAUGAGAUGUUCCUUUGAAGAGACUGUUGACAUCUUACUUGAUGCUGCUGUAUAUGCUGAAUCUGACCACCUGAGAGGUGUCACUGAAAACAUAAUGCUUGGUCAGCUUGCUCCUAUUGGUACUGGAGGCUGUGCACUAUAUCUGAAUGACCAGAUGCUGCAGCAAGCAAUUGAACUUCAACUUCCAAGCUAUGUGGAAGGCCUAGACUUCGGCAUGACACCAGCACGAUCACCCAUCUCCGGGACACCUUACCAUGAAGGAAUUAUGUCCCCAAAUGCUUCGUUCUCACCAUAUGUUGGGCACAUGGCAUUCUCACCAUUCCCUUCACCAGGUGGUUACUCUCCAUCGUCAGGGGGAUACAGUCCAUCUUCUCCAGUUUUCACCCCAGAGAAAGGAUAUAGCCCUCUUUCUCCAUCAUACAGCCCUGCAUCGCCAAGCUAUAGUCCCACCUCACCAUCAUAUACACCUGGCUCUCCCACCUACAGUCCCACAAGCCCGAAUUACUCCCCAACAAGUCCGACUUACUCGCCUACCAGUCCAUCAUACUCACCGACAUCUCCGAGUUACAGCCCAACAUCUCCUAGCUACAGUCCUACAUCACCAAGCUACAGCCCUACAUCUCCUAGCUAUAGUCCUACAUCACCAAGCUACAGCCCCACCUCACCAGUUUAUAGUCCAACCUCACCAGCAUAUAGCCCUACAUCUCCUGCAUACAGCCCCACAUCACCAUCUUACAGUCCAACUUCGCCAUCUUAUAGCCCUACAUCACCAUCAUACAGCCCAACAUCCCCGUCAUACAGCCCUACCUCCCCGUCAUACAGCCCUACCUCCCCGUCGUACAGCCCGACAUCACCUGCAUACAGCCCUACUUCGCCAGGAUACAGCCCAACAUCACCAAGCUACAGUCCUACUUCUCCGAGCUACAAUCCUUCAUCAGCCAAGUACAGCCCUUCACAUGCAUACUCUCCAAGCAGCCCCAGGAUGACCCCAUAUAGUCAGACUUCUCCAAGCUACAGUCCAACGUCACCGACAUACUCUCCUACAUCACCAUCAUAUUCACAACCAAGUCCAUCGUACAGCCCAACAAGCCCGUUCAACACCUCUGGAGGACCUAGCCCAGAUUAUAGCCCAACCUCUCCAAAUUACAGCCCUAGCGGAAGCUACUCCCCAACUGCACCGGGCUACUCCCCAUCGUCCACAGGCCAAGGUAAUGACAAGGAUGAUGAGAGCACUCGUUGA